AUGGUAAGACUUACUUAGCCAAAAGAAGUUAAAGAUAUCCGAAUGUUCGUGCAAAUGUGCAGACCAGGAACAAACCAAAAAGCACAAGCUAAAUCAGUCACUAUCAAAAAGGUAGGAAAAGUGACAAAAUUCAAGCUUCGUUGCAAUAAAUAUCUUUACACUUUGGUCGUCGAUGAUGUGCAAAAGGCAGACAAGCUCAAGCAGUCGUUGCCUCCAAGCCUGAACAAAAAAGAAAUUAACUAA